CUACGGCCGUGAGACUGCGCCUGCCCAGUACCGGCUCACAGCCCGCUCGCCAACCUCUUCCUUCUUUCUGCGCUCUCGUCCUCCGCUUCGUUGCUCUGUCACCAUGGGUGUCCCCAAGUUUUACCGCUGGAUCAGCGAGCGCUACCCGUGCCUGAGCCUGGUGGUGAAGGAGCAUCAGAUUCCUGAAUUUGACAAUCUCUAUUUGGAUAUGAAUGGAAUUAUCCACCAAUGCUCUCACCCAAAUGAUGAAGAUGUGCACUUUCGAAUCUCUGAAGAAAAAAUAUUCGCUGAUAUUUUCCACUAUAUAGAAGUUCUCUUUCGGAUCAUUAAGCCAAGAAAGGUCUUUUUCAUGGCUGUUGAUGGUGUGGCUCCAAGAGCAAAAAUGAAUCAACAACGUGGCAGACGUUUUAGAUCAGCAAAGGAGGCAGAAGAAAAAAUUAAAAAGGCCUUGGAAAAAGGAGAAAGCCUUCCAACAGAAGCGAGAUUUGACUCCAACUGCAUCACCCCAGGCACUGCUUUUAUGGCCAGGUUACAUGAACAGCUAAAGUAUUUUGUAAACAUGAAGAUUUCAAGUGACAAAUCUUGGCAAGGAGUGAUUGUAUAUCUGUCAGGUCAUGAGACACCUGGGGAAGGAGAACACAAAAUUAUGGAAUUUAUUAGAGCUGAGAAGAGAAAACCGGAUCAUGAUCCUAAUACGCGACAUUGUCUAUAUGGACUAGAUGCUGAUUUAAUUAUGCUUGGAUUAACAAGCCAUGAACCAAAUUUUUCCCUUUUGAGGGAAGAAGUUCGAUUUGGUGGUAGAAAAUCUCAAAAAAGGAUUACUGCAGUUGAAGAAACAACAUUUCAUUUGUUGCACCUGUCCCUAAUGAGAGAGUACAUUGACUAUGAAUUUUCAUCUGCACGAGGAAAGAUUUCUUUUGAGUAUGAUCUUGAACAGAUAAUUGAUGACUGGAUAUUGAUGGGGUUUCUUGUUGGUAAUGAUUUUAUUCCUCACCUACCUCAUUUACAUAUCAAUCAUGAUGCACUGCCUUUGCUAUACAAGACAUAUAUUGAGGUCCUGCCAACUCUUGGAGGCUAUAUUAAUGAAGGUGGAACAUUAAAUUUGGAACGCUUUGAGAAGUAUCUUUUAAAACUGUCAGAGUUUGAUCGUGAACAUUUCAGUGAAGUUUUUGUUGACCUGAAGUGGUUUGAAAGCAAAGUGGGUAAAAAAUACCUAAAUGAGGCAGCAGGCGUGGCAGCGGAAGAAGCAAAACAGCGUAAAAAGGAAAAUAAAACUAGAGAUGAUUUGUGCCUAGCUGUACUUGACGAAGCAGAAGCCUGCUCAGACGACAGUACUGAAUUGAAUCACAAAGAUGCAUUAGACAAUGACAAAGAUGAGGACCAUGAGGAUGAGGAUGAUCUGUUUGAAACAGAAUUCAGGCAGUACAAGAGAGUUUACUACAUGACUAAAAUGGGCGUAGAAGUUGUUUCUGAUGAAUUUCUUGCUCAACAGGCAGAAUGUUAUGUUCAAGCAAUACAGUGGAUUUUGCACUAUUAUUACCAUGGUGUGCAGUCCUGGAGCUGGUACUACCCUUAUCAUUAUGCACCUUAUCUAUCAGACAUUUGCAGUAUCAGUAAGGUGAAAAUAACAUUUGAAAUGGGAAAGCCAUUCAAGCCCUUUGAACAGUUACUUGCUGUUUUGCCAGCAGCUAGUAAAGAGCUUCUGCCCAGUUGCUACCAGUUUUUAAUGACCAAUGAAGAAUCUCCAAUCAUAGAGUAUUAUCCUCCAGAUUUCAAAACUGAUCUUAAUGGCAAGCAACAGGAGUGGGAAGCUGUUGUGCUGAUUCCAUUUAUUGAUGAGAAACUAUUAUUGGCAGCAAUGGAAUCUUGUAAUGAGCACCUUUCAAAUGAAGAGAUACAGCGCAAUCGACAUAGUGGAUGCGUUAAAUAUUGGUAUGAUAAAGAAAUUGAAUUUAAGUAUCUAUCACCAUGGGCAGAAAAAUUUCCAGAUGUGAAACAGUGUCAUGUAAGACAGGAGGAGAUUCCCAUUGAUGCAUGGAUAGUACCUCUUCAUUUUACGUUAAACACUAUCACUAACAACAGUCUGCUGUACUUUUGUGGGUUUCCAACUCUGAAACAUAUUAAGCAUAAGUUCUACUUGAAGAAAAGUGGGGUUCAAGUUUUUCAACAGUCAAGCCGUGGAGAGAAUAUGCUCUUGGAGCUAUUGCCUAACAAGGAGGAAGAAAAUGUGGAUGACGUUGCUAAUCAGGAGCUGGGAAGGUCUAUCUUUUUGAAUUGGCCCCAUCUUGAGGAAGCUCGAGUUGUUGCAGUGUCAGAUCAAGAAACAAAAUAUUACUUAGACGAACCUCCAGGAGUGCAGAAGCUUUAUACAGGGAAAACUCCACCACCUAUUAAAGUAGUUUACCUUGGUGAUGCAGAACAAAACACGUGGACAAGAGAAGUGAAUAAUAUAACAGAAUUUUACCACAAAAGGAAAGGAAUCCUUAUCAAUGAAACGUCAGUGCUUGUAUAUGCACAGCUUCUCGCAGGUCGUCGAUAUGUAUUUGGUCGUAAUGGUGAAGUUACCUUAGAGAAGGAAUGGUCAAAGCAAAUACUUCCAUUUGCGCAUCAAACCACUGUUAGGGACCUAAAAUCAUUUGAUUCCAGUUUGUCUCGCUUCCGCACAUUGGAUGAACUAUUUCCACCUGGAAUUAACAUUUUCAUGUUGGGAACUCCCUACUAUGGCUGCAUUGGAGAGGUUCAAGACUCUUCAGAUGUUAUCACAGAUGGAAGAAUCCGUGUGGUUUUCAGUGUUCCUUGUGAACCUCAUUUAGAUGGCAUUAUACAAAACCAGCAUAAAUACUCUACGAAAUAUAACCCUGGCUACAUCCUGGCCAGUCGCCUUGGAAUUACUGGGUAUCUUGUGUCAAGGUUAACAGGCAGUUUGUUUAUUGGGAGAGGAUCAAAGGAAAACCCACUUGGAGAACAGAAAAUGAAUGUGGGGCUGAAUCUAAAGUUUAAUAAGAAGAAUGAAGAAGUGCCAGGUUACACAAAGAAAGUUGGGAAUGAGUGGUUGUAUUCUUCUGCUGUUGAACAGAUUCUGAGUGAAUAUCUAGAGAGAUUCCCUGAACUGAUAUGCCACAUUGCUAAAAACAGCCACGAAGAUCUGUACUAUGAGGAUGAUAUUUGGUCUGGAGAAGAUGUCAGUGGUCCUGAAAAGGUCCAGGAAAUUGGAGGCUGGUUGAAGACGCAUCCUGUCAGUAGUUUGUCAAGAGCAUCUUGUGACUUGAACUUAUUGGAUGCAGCGAUCAUUGAAAAGAUUGAGGAGGAGGUAGAAAGCUGCAAGCAAAGAAGAAGUAACAAGAAAGUAAGAGUGACUGUGAAACCACAUCUGUUGUACAGGCCCCUGGAGCAACAACAUGGUAUAGUCCCAGACAAAGAUGCAGAGUACCUUUUAUUUGAUCGUGUUGUGAAUGUGAGGGAGGACUUCUCUGUUCCUGUUGGUCUUCGAGGAACUAUCAUAGGAAUGAAAGGAGCUGAGCGAGAAUCUGAUGAAUUUUAUGAAGUAUUAUUUGAUGAAGAAUUUCCAAGUGGACUUAGUCUAAGAUGUUCUUCUGGCCGAGGUUAUAGGCUUCCAAAGGGUGCCUUAAUCAACCUCAGUCAUGGUAAUCGCUUGGAGUUUGGAAGCCAGAAAGCAGCAAUGUUGUUGAAACCACAGCCAGCGGCAGUAUCUCAACAUGCUAUGUCUCCUUCUUCGCAGUCUGCUCACAAAGUACCAACAGGAGGCUUGAACCACUCCCCUCGAUCCCUAUUUGUACCUACGCAGCAGCUUAAUGGAAGACAACCAUCUCUCAGGGCAGAAAAUAGGAGCAAUCAAAUCAACCAUCAGAAAGUGGAUGGACUGUCUGGCUUUCAAAGGAAUGAUGAUCUUGAACACAAAGGGGCAUCUACUAAAGCGGAUCAACUGAAACUGGAUGAGUUUUCCAAUGUAUGGCAAUCCUUACAAAGUAAUUUUGGAAUUUCACCCGUCCCUGCACAAAGCAAUUCUCAUAAUGCAGAACUAGCCAGCAAACCUUCUCCCAGUUGGCAAGAAAAGCCCGUGUCCCAAAAUCCCUCAACUACAGAAACUAGUGUGCAGCCUUUUAAAACAGAUGGACAACAAAAGCAGAAAUGGGUACCAGGAGAUCAAGUGGCACGAAACAGAAGAGCAAAAGAGGAUAACUCUGAAAAUUUCAAGGCGAGAACUCGGGGACCUGAAAGCACUGGCCAGUCACAAUCUAAACUGCCAAGUAAACAGGCAUGUACUGGUACUAGUAAACAAAGUAUGAAAAUUCUCAAAAGGAAUGAAGAAUCAUGUGAGCAGAAGCCUGUUGUAGAAAAUUGUCAGUCAUGUCCAUCUUCAACAGAAAAGAAUAAUUCCUCCACCAGGGUGUCAUCUGAUUUUGAAGAACUGUUAGUUUCAUUGAAGACACCCAGUGGACAAGCAGAGAAAGAUGCACAAGACUCACAGUCUAAAGAAAACAAGGGAAAUAAUGGAGAACCUUUAUCUCCACAGUCUUUUGCAAUGAAAGGAACGCAAAUGUUAAAGGAAAUUCUGAAGAUAGAUGGUGCACAUUUAACCCCUGAUAAAGAAACUAGUGCAACUUCUAAUGUAAAGCAGGAAACCUCUCCUGCUGCUUCAGUCCAUCAUGAGAAAGCAGGAUAUACCUCCCACCAGCGUCCAUUUAAAAAACUUGCUGCAAAAAUCAACAAACCUCAGGGAAUAUUGGGUGGAGAAGUCUCAGGACAUUAUCGAGGACAACAGUCUCCUCUGUCUAUUCCAGUAUCAGAGUUGUACGUCACUUGUGCCAGACUUGGUUUACCACAUCCAGAUUUCUCCUUUAUUAAGACUGCACAGGGCUUGAAGGUUUGCCAGGUGAAGUUAGCCAAUGGUUUGCUGGUGCAUGGACCUCAGUGCCAUUCAGACAGUGAAGCCCAAGAAAAAGCUGCAGUAUUUGCAUUACAACGACUGAAUGCAACAGGGCAAAAUACACCCCUUGCUCCAAGCGUGUUUCCCGGUUAUCAGCCCAUGACAGGAAAUGUACCUCUUCGAGCCGUUCCACCACCAUUUUGUCAGGCCUCAGGUGGUAUAGUGCCUGUGCCACCUCAUGGAUAUGGUCCUGUGCCUUGGACAAAUUUGAUUCCUCCCCAAAUAUACAAUAAUUAUCAAAUACCAUAUUCAGGGAACAUCUGUCCUGGAGGAGUGCUUAUUGGUACUCACAAUCAAUUCGUGCCUUUACAGGUCACAAAGAGAAGGACAGCCUUAAACAAGACGUUUGAUGAGAAGGAAGUCAGUCACUCUGUUCAGCAAAAACUGAGUCAGCCAGCAACUACAAUGGAGUAUUCUAACACAUCACAUGGGUAUCCUAGUGCCAGCACUUCAAGGAACUUCAUUCAGCCCAGCCAAGCACCUCUUAAGCCCCAGGAUAAAACUGUUGUACAGACUGCCAUUCAACCUCAGGGGCAGCAACAACCAGCAGCAGGUUCCUCUGGCAGACGCAAGCAAAGAAAACUAGCAGUCAAUUUUGGAGCCCCUCGGCUGCCUCAGUAGUUAAGGUGAAACAAAUUCAUCUAUUUCUGAAACUUAAUUUCAUACAGUAGUAUUUUUUAGAUAGUUUUGACAUUGAAUGUUCCAACUUCCCUUUAGUUUUCAUUUAAUAGUGUGCUUUCUUAAAUGCUAAUUAAUAUUGUUAGGCUAAAAUUGUCUCCAUUUUAAACUGAUGGCCUCGUGGAUUAUUUUGCCAUUGAAAAUACAAUACUCCUUAUCUCAGUCAUUAAAGAAUGAGCCUAUAUUUUAGGAAUUUUCCACCUAUCUCUCAAAUAAUCGUGACAUCAGUGAAAUUCAACGUACAAAAAUUCGUUGUAGGAUUAAAUAUUUCCCUCAAAUGUGAUCAGCUUCCAGUACACGCCAUAUAACACAGAAGUUUCUGUUGAUCUGAAUUAUAUUUAUUUCCUCUUAGUAUCAACUCACAUGCCCUAUUUUGAUUUUCAAAGGUUUACAUUUCAUUUGAAAUAUAGAAAUAAUACAGAUUUUUAUCAUCAGCUAUAUCUGCACCUGUACACAAUCCCAGUUAAACAUUUAAUCAUGGCAUGUACCAUGUUCUCUUUUUUUAAAAUCUUGGGAGACUUACCAGAAACUCCAGUUUGUAAUAUUACUUAUACCAGUAAUCAGAUUAACUCAGUGAACACAGAAUAGCUGCUGGUGGUGUGGAGAAACAGCAGGUGAAACAUUUGCCAUCCAUUAUGUGAUAAGCCUGAUAUUUAAUUCAAUUGAAAUGGCUGGAGUUAGCUUUUUAAGUUCAUAACUAGGCAACCAGUUUCAUAUUAGCUCUACUGCUUUCCUAGUCCUGUCUUGUUUCACAUCACUGGACUUCUCACAUUGAGGACAAAUUGUAGCAUUGUCUUGACUGGUGUAUGAUAUUGUCAAGGAAGCAGAUGAUUUUUUUGCUAACGAGCAAAAAACAUUAUAAUUUUUCAUGAUUAACAUAGUCAAAACAUUCAAAAAGAGAUUAGGUAAAUAUAAUGGGGCAAAACUGCAUAAUUAUUUUACAAUAUUUUAUUAUAUAGAUAACAGUAAUCUACAAUAUCUAAAAAUGGAAUUUUCACUUCUGACCAAAAUUAUAUUUCUGUACCGAGAUUCUGAUAUUAUGCUGGGCAUGAAUCAGGCACUAUGGAAACGAAGCUCCCACAGUAGCAAAUGCUUUGACAUCACACAGUAUUGCAUAACGUUCAGCCUUAAGCAAUCCCACAAAUGAGUUUAAAAAUUCACAAUCUUCAUCUCAUGUAUGAUUGCCUCAGAAGGAUAAAACCUUCAUUCCAACUUGAGCCUUUUAUUAUAUACAGUGAGUAAUAGGGAAGAAUUGCCAAGUUUUGUGAUAUUUGAAGACUAAUAUUUCUUGUGCUUUACCGAAAUUCAGACAAUACUAUCUCUGCUGCUUUUAAUGCAAAUGGGUUUUGAAAUUAGGUAGAAAAUUGGUGGAGACUCAUGCCUUGGAUUUAAUUAUUCCAGUUUGUUGUCUAUACCUUGAUUUGAAAGCUUGAGUUAAUUUCAAAUACAUUUUAUUUUGAACAUGGCAUUCUGGCUCAGGCUGUAGAUAAGUAUGUGGACUGUGCUCCUAAAUUUGAAGACCUUCUUUGCAUAAUAAAAGGAAGCUUCAGUCAGAUCUUGAACACGCUUUUUUGGGCAUCAGCUGACUAAAAGGCUUCCUGCGCUUGCUGAAUCAUGACUGAAGGUGGCCAAAUGGUAAACAGCAACUCCAUUAAGCAUUGUUCAAAUGCAUGGGUUCAUCAGGGUUCCCAAUAGACUACUGUUAGCUUAUUAUAUUAUAUUAUAUUAUAUACAGUGAGUAAUAGGGAAGAACUGCCAAGUUUUGUGAUAUUUGAGGAUUAAUAUUUCUUGUGCUUUACCAAAAUUCUGAUGAUACUAUCUCUGCAUAUUCUGUUUGCAUAUUUGCAUAUUCUGUUCAUAUUGGGCCAGAAUUAAUUCUUAUGUUAAUUGCUCCAAAGUAUAGAUUUUCAAGUUGAGUUUUUUUUUGCAGAGCACAGCAGUCAUACCUACAAUACCAUAAGGACUCUUUAAUUUGGUGUGUGUGUGUGUGUGUGUCACAUUUCUUUAAACCAGUAAAAGCUUUGUUGGAUUAAAUGUUGUGCAGAAAAAUUUUAAGUCAUGCUUAACAUAUUAUGCUUUUUAAUACAUUUUCUUAAUACUUAGCUUUUGUCUGUGUGUGAGUGGUGUAGCUUAGUUUCCUAUUAAACUCAGUGUCUUUGCACUUGGGAGAGAUUUGAGGAUUUCAAUCUUAUACAAAAAUAUUAAAUACUUCAUUCACUUAUAUGUUCCAGAGUUUGAUAAAACUGAAGUUUUAUUUCAAUUCUCAUUGCUUUAAAACCUAUAAAGUCACUUGUAUUUUGGAAUUUGACGUUGCUUAAACAUGAUACCUAUGCUUUGAUUUUUAAAAAAAUUUCUAGUAAUAUUGUCUAAAAUGGAUUAAAUGCUGUGAUUCAAUGUCUGUAAACUGUGUUUAAAUUGAUUUGUCUUUCAUAAGUUAUUCUUGAUCUACUAUGUCCUAUAUUUUGUCCACAUCUGCCAAUACGUUGUCAAUUGCCAUCAGUCGUCCAAGUAAGAGCAUUCUCCACUCAAUGCAAAAUCCCAACUCAGUAUAUGUGACCUUGCUUACUUUUAUAAAUGUCAUGUAAAUUUUAGUUUUUAUCCAAUACUAUCAAUUAUGUCCAUAGCACAGUUAUACCAAAAGCUUGAUAUGUACUUGUACAGCAACGUCUUUUAUACGACUCGAAGAAAAUCGACUUCUGAUGUAGAUGUUGUAGAAGUGCUUUAAGAUGGUUUUAUACAAAAUCUCAAGUUAUUUACUGUCUGAUUUCUAGGCAAUUUUUUAUGUUUUUAGAAUACUACAACUGUUUUAUCAAUUUGUGACACAAACAUUUUAAUCUUUAUCAGUGUGAAAAUUUUGCUUCUUUUAUGCUUUUGAUGUUAAAUGAUUUCCAUGUGGAUCACACUGGUUUAAAACUGUAUAGUGAAAGAAAGGUGAUGGCAGCACAUAAAUCAUAUUUAUUAAUGAAUGUGGACUUCUUACAUUUUGUGUAUUACCCGAUGGAGUGGUGACUGGUGAAUAAAUGAAUACAAUUCAAUGUUGCACUUUCUGCUGAUGUGUAUAGGCAAGUAUGAUAUGAUAAAUAAAGAAUUUUGUUACAAGUG